UUUACCUCAAAUAUACCCAACAAAAGCAGAAGCUUCGGCAUUUUAUCCUCUGCUUCUUCUCUCUAUCCCUCGUCUCUUGCGUCAUAGAUGGCAACUCCAUCUAGGUCUGAGGUCCUCUCGCUCUUUCGUUCUCUCCUGCGAACGGCGCGUCAAUUUCCCGAUUAUAACAUCAGAGAAUACACCAAACGCCGCACAAUUGAUGCCUUCCGAGAAAAUCAGAGCCUCUCCGACGCUUCAUCCAUCUCCUCCGCCUACGCCGGCGGCAAAGCUCAGCUCGAGGUUGCGAAGCGGCAGGCCCUUGUUUACUCUCUUUACGCGCCUAAGGUCAAGAGCAUCAUGGAUGUAAACCUCUGAUUUCCAUUUUUUUUGGGUUCAAUGAAUUUGUAGUAUUUGAGAAUUUUUGUGAGAAUCGAACUGUAAAUUGACAUUCUGUUGUUAUCAACAAUGAGCAAAGUUCUUUCCUUCGCCUUCUGAAGUUCUCUUGCGAGCUUAAUUUCGAAAGGGAAA